UCGGUGUUCCCUAGCCUACCGCGCCAUCCUGAAGCUAACAACUGUUUAUCAUCCCGGUGUUCCCCAGCCUACCGUGCCAUCCUGAAGCAGCCACUGAAGAGCGUCCGGGAGAUCCUGGUCAACCAGACCGCCCACAUGCUGGCCUGCUACCGCAAGAACUGUGCCAGCCCCUCUGCCGCCAGCCAGCUGAUCCUGCCCGAGACCAUGAAGGUGUUCCCGGUGUACAUGAACAGCCUGAUGAGGACGGCCCCCCUGGUGGGCAGCACGGAGCUGUCCACGGACGACUGCGCCCACCAGCGGCUGGUCGUCAUGGCCAUGGGCGUGGAGGACACCCAGCUGCUGCUGUACCCCCGCCUCAUCCCACUGCACAACAUGGAGCUGGAGGGCGAGGCGGUGCCGUCGCCGCUGCGCUGCUCCGAGGACCGCCUGUCCGACGGCGGAGCCUUCCUGCUGGAGAACGGCCACGCCCUCUUCCUGUGGCUGGGCCAGGCCUGCCCCCCCGAGCUCAUCCAGGGGCUCUUCAACCUGCCCUCGCUCGCUCACCUGCAGCCCAACACGAUUGCAGAACAUAUGCAACAGCGCCCCCUGGGGUCACACUUUUCGGUGGGUCGCAGAAUUCGGUGUAAUCCCGGUGCACCGGGACACGGAGCUGUUCGCCUACGGUGGCUGUGGACCUGUGGGAGAGCAAUCUUGGUGUGAGUUCAACCCACGAGGAGCACGUGUCUCAAGAAAAGUGUUAUUGGUGGGACUUGAACCCAGGUCUGCAGUGCUUA